AUGGCCGUAUCGAAAGAUUUCUACUACAAACUCAGUUCGGAAGUCGAAUCUGAACGUCUCGAGGCAGCCACAGGAUUGUUGAAAGCACUCACCGACGCUGACACCAAAGAAGACUGGGAUUAUGCUCUUAAUCGUCUUGUUAAAGGUUUGACGUCUUCGCGUCAGAGCGCUCGCUUCGGAUUUUCGCUUGCGUUGACCGAGCUUGUUCGUAUUCUCAUUCUUAAAGAGGACUAUGACUUGACUAUCUCCUCGUUUUUGCAAAAGAUGGUCGAGAACAGCAAGGUCUCUGGCUCCAUGAAGGGGAAGGAGGCACGUGCGCUUUUGUUUGGUCGCUUGUUUGGCUUUCAGGCUGUGCUCAACUCCAUGCUUCUUCUCGAUCCAAAGACAUCCUCGGAGGACGACAUCAAAGAGUUUGUGCGCCAUUUGGUUCGCCUUUCGGCCGAAAAGUCGUGGUUGCGUGAGACAGCAAUGUUCACAUUGUGCCAAUUUCUUUCUGCCUACCUCUCUUCUCCAUUCUUGAAUGACGAACUCACAUUGCAGUUCUUGCAAUCAGUCAGCGACGAGGGUCUUACAUUCACAACCGAGGGGCUCGCAGUUCACUUGGUUCUCCCACUGCCGCUUAGAGUUAGAAUCGCCAGCCAGGUUAAGUCUUCUUCGCAUUGGAAAAACUAUGAUCCAUUAAGCAAAGGCAACACUGCUGUUCUUGCAAAGGUUCUAAAAGAUGCCGAGGUGGUAGAGACUGUUGAUAAUGACUCGGAAGAGGGUGCUAAAGUUAAAACUCUCAAACAGAAGGGAACAUGGUCUCCAAAGAUUCCAUUUGUGUGGGACACCAUUCUUGCACACUUCACCUCGAGUGAGGAUGAAGAAUGUGAUAUUGAGUCCGAAAGCUCCCUGAAAAAACGUAAAAGCAAGUCUUCUCAGAGUCUGAAAAAGCGGGCAAAAAAACAGGAGACAGCCGAACAGAUUCCCUUCGGCGAAUUCUGGAAGGUAGUGGUCGAUGAAACGUUGUUCGCCGAGAGAACCUCCUUGGAAAGAAAGUUCUGGGGCUUCGAACUCUUCAACAAGUUCAUUGCGAAAGUCACUCCCUCGCAAAGUGCAGACUUGUUCGGCAAGAACUUUUUGCGUACUCUUAUGAACCAUGCUUCCCAGAAUAACAAACAAUUGAACAAAUUGUCAACCAAGACACUCAAUCUCAUAAUUCUGACAGCGCAAGACGAUUUAAGAAGAGUGAUUCCUUACCUCUCCAGUAUUCUAGACGAAAAGAAUGGAGGUCUUUGGAAUUUCGAUUACAAUACUAAAUCCAAAGCUUCUGAUUCUCUAAUUGGGGUAUUGGGAUUUGUUGAAGAUCCAAACCAGAUUCCGGAGGAGCAAGUGGAGCUGUUGGUGCAUGAUAUCAAGGAAAUUUUGAUUAAUAAGUUUGAGGCAGCAGCAGCUGCUGCAGCCACAGAAUCAGCUCAAACUAAGUCUGACUCUAAGAGUGAUUCUACAAAGGUUCCAAAAGAUGGAGAGCUUAAAUGGAUCUUAGACAAGCUUUUGGUUCUUACUAGAAGCACGAAAAGACUUUCAAACCCUCCAACUAAACUUUUCGAGGAUGUGUUCAAAUUUUUGAUUGAACAUGCAUUUUUCAAGCCUAGCGCUCAAAGAGAGGUUUCGGAGAGUGUUCUGAAGCUUUGUUCCGAACGCUUGACUUCCUUGUUGACUGAUUCUAUUUCUUCAAAGAGAAAGGACCACUCCUGGGCACUUUUUUGCUUGAAACAGAUUGAGAAAAAGGAGAAAGAAACUGAAUUCUCUUUGAUUCUCGAAUUAUCGGACGACUUACAAGCUGUGAAAGAGGACAGUGUGGAGCUUCUUCAUACGAUCAAGCUGGCUAUGAAAAAAGAUCCAAAACAUAAGGACGAACACUUCUGCUUCGAGCUUUUGAUUUCCAUGGUGCUUCAACAGUUGUACCAGGGAGAGAGCGAGGCCGUCACCGUUUUGGAGGAGUUGAAGGCAUGCUACCUAGAGACCUUUGCCAACACCGACGAAGACAUUGAGACCUCGGCAAUUAUGACCGAAAUCAUUCUCUCGUUCAUUUCUAAAAAAUCAGCAUUGCUGAAGAAGCUUUGCAAUAUAGUUUGGGAGAAAUUCUUGUGCGCUGAAGACUCCACUGGUAAAUUGAGAGUCACCGAAUCUUCAUUGAAGCUCUUGUUCAACGUUCUCAACGCCAAGGAGAACGAAGCCGGUCAAAAGCAAUUAUUUGAAGGUGAGGAAAUUUUUGUUGAUGAUGAGGAAGAAGCCGACGGAGACGAAGACGAGGAGAAAGACGAUGAAGACUCCGAGGAUAGCAGUGACAGUGAAGAAGACGACAGCGAGGACGAUUCCGAGAAAAAUGAAGAUGUUUCGAAGCUGGUCGAGCAAGUCGAGCACGAAACAACCAUAAAAUUGGCUUCUGCAUUGGGUAUACCGGCCAGCCAUAACGGUGAGGUGAAGUACAACGAAAUCGAUUCAUUUGGCGAAGAUGACGACGACUACGAAUCUGAAUCUAUGGACGACGAGCAAAUGAUGGCCAUCGACGAGGACCUUGCUAGAAUUUUCAAGGAGAGACGCGACGCUCUUACGGCAAACAGCUCCAAAAAGAAGAAUGCAGACAAGGAGCUGGCCAAGGAGCAAAUGGUCUUGUUCAAGAGUCGUGUUCUCGAUUUGCUUGAGACAUUCAGCAAAGUUCAACCCAAUUCAGUCUACAACCUCCAUCUCAUACGUCCCCUUGUCAACGUGAUGAACUUGACAACAGAAAAGGACAUUGGAAUUAAAGCCCACAAGAUUUUGAAGACAAGAAUCAGCAAAAUCCGGGUGAAUGUCGAGGAAGUGAAGAGCUUCUAUCCCGAGGAAGAAUUUGAAGAAUACAAAGCCAGUCUUUUGGACCUCUUGAAAUGGCUUCAGCUCCAGGCUGGUAAAUAUUCUUCAUCCCAGGCCCACGGAGCAGCAUGCAACCAAUCUUGUAUCAUUGUUUCGAAGUCUCUACUUAUCCUCGAUCCCGAGAUGUUGAGCAGCAUUGUUUCUGUGUACUCAGAGACUCUCACUACAUGGGCCAGUGAGUCGACCAACCGGAUCCAGGCCAACAUGUUUUUUGACUUUGUCAAUUGGUUGAACUCCAAGAGGGGUAACAACUAG